GAGACUGACGGAGACAUGAGGACCAUGUUAUUCUGGGCAGGUUUGCUGGCACUGCUGCAGCUAGGCUCUGCCUAUAAACUUGUCUGUUAUUUCACCAACUGGUCCCAGUACCGUCCAGAUCCAACCGCAUACUGGCCGGCUAACGUGGACCCUCAUCUUUGCACUCAUAUCAUAUAUGCCUUUGCAAGCAUGAAGGAUCAUAAGAUUGCACCAUAUGAGGUGAACGACGAGGAGCUGUACCAACAGAUCAAUGCGCUAAAGCUGCAAAAUCCUCAACUGCUAACUCUACUGGCCAUCGGAGGAUGGAGCUUUGGGACGCAGAAGUUCACAGCUAUGGCUUCCUCUGCUGAAAACCGGAAGAUUUUUAUUGACUCUGUUAUUGAGUAUCUCCGAAAUUAUGGGUUUGACGGGCUGGACCUGGAUUGGGAGUAUCCUGGUAAUGAAGAGAGAGGGAGCCCUCCAGAAGAUAAGCAACGCUUCACAAUACUAAUCCAGGAUCUGCUAGAUAGUUUUGUGAAGGAGGGAAAGGAGACAAAUCGCCCUCGUCUUCUUGUAACGGCUGCAGUCUCCGCUGGUAAAGGCACUAUUGACGGUGGAUAUGAGAUUGCCAAGAUUGGCCAGACACUUGAUUUUAUCAGUGUUAUGACCUAUGACUUCCAUGGUGAUUGGGACAGGCAGACUGGGCAUAACAGUCCUUUGCACAAGGGAGCAGCAGAUUAUGGAGACAAUGCUUACUUCAAUUGUGAAUAUGCCAUGAACUACUGGAAGAAAAAGGGAGCUCCAGCUGAAAAACUUCUGAUGGGAUUCCCAACAUAUGGCCGAUCUUUUACUUUGGCUGGAACCAACACAAACAUUGGAGCAUCCAUAUCAGGUGCUGGCAAUCCAGGACCUUAUACAGAAGAAGCUGGCUAUUGGGCUUAUUUUGAGAUAUGCUCAUUUUUAUCUGGAGCAACUGUGGUUUGGAUGGAUGACCAGAAGGUGCCGUAUGCUUACAAGGGAAACCAGUGGGUUGGAUUUGACACUAAAGAGAGCUUUAAAUACAAGGUGGAGUUUGUGAAGCAGGGAGGUUUUGGAGGUGGUAUGGUUUGGGCUAUUGACUUAGAUGACUAUUCAGGAACAUUCUGCAAUCAAGGAAAGUAUCCACUGAUCAGCACACUUAAGGAGGAAUUCUCAGGCACUGGAGGAACAAACCCCCCUCCAACCACUACUCCAGAAGGAGAAACAACACCCACAAAACCUCCUGUAACUACUCCGCCCGCUCCUGAGACCACCCCUGAUUCCUCUGUUGACCAAAAUUUCUGCAGUGGCCGCCCGGAUGGUUUUCAUGUGAAUCCAUAUAAUCCUAAUAAAUUCUACCUGUGCCACCAGAACAGAACUUUUCCCAUGCAGUGCGCUGAGGGAUUGGUGUUUGACACGACUUGCCAAUGCUGUAACUGGCCACCUGCAUGAGGAUAGUUAUCAGCUGCUGUACAUUCACACCACAGAGGAAUAAAGUACUACAUGUCUAAUA